UGCUAAAGUAGCUAGCUAGCUAGCUAUGCAUAGCUACUACCAGUACCAACUAGUACCCCAUGCUGGCCACUUACGGUGUUGGAGGACGCGUGUGGCCCCGUCUUGGGUCGUCUAGUUGACAGCGGGGGUGAGGAUGGACACACGAGCAGACCAUUAACAGUAGCCAAACGUAAAAUCCGGCCCGUAGAAAUCUGGCCAUCUCGAGGGUGGCCGUUGGCUGUCAUUGCAGGCGGAAAGAUUGCAGUACUGAUCCACGCAGGAUCGCCGUUGGAAUUUAUCAAUGGAAAGCACGAAAAAAAUCCAUAGAGCACUCGAUCACAACCAGAGGAAACUAGAAGCUUGAAACAAUGGGCAAGUACGACGACUACGACUGGGACGAGCUCCCCAAAGAAGUUCAAGAAGCCGCCACGAAGCUUGGAUUCACCAAGCAGAUGUGGGACAACGACAAGGAGCCAGACACUGAAGAUUUGGACUGGGAUGAACUCAGUUCCGAACAACAAAAGGCUGCCGCAGUUCUUGGAUACGACAAAAAGACCUGGGAUUCCAGCUAAAGCCCCGAAAAUCGGAGCUGCAAGUGAGACGAGGUUAUGCGUUGAUGAAUUAGUUGGCGUGGAAGUAGGAUGCCAUGGUUGAUGUGGAGUUUAUCGUUGAGAACUCAGCCAUCUUGCCGACAAUCAUCUAUCCAUCAAGACUCGAAUUUGCAAAUUCGCUUUGCUUACAUUGAAGAUGAGCCCCUGCCGCAUGCAGUAGGGUCUUUAAACUAUAUAAUCAGUAUGAAUACUUUG